UUUGCAGUGUUCAACGGGCUGAAAUAAAAAAACUCAUUCCAUGUGAAGCACGUAAAAUUCCGAGAAAAUUAUAAGCAUCGUAGAAAAUGGGAAGGAAAAGAAAGUGUUCCAUAGACGUUGAUGAAUUCUUAGGGGAGUUUCUCGUAUUUGAGAAACAAAAUAUCCAUAAGAGGAGGAAACCAGUCAACCACUAUGGUUUGCGAGAUGGUGACCUCUCUGAUGAAGAUAAAGGGUUUGACGAGUUGUGUGAUGAAGUGAUCAACAAGAAUUCAGAACCAAAUGAAAAUGAGUGCGAAAUAGGACAAAAUUGCUGCUCAAACGAGGAUAAUGAAUCUACAGAUCCAGGCCACGGAGGCGUCAACCAAUUGGGUGGAGUCUUCGUGAACGGUAGGCCUCUGCCGGACGUGGUCCGGCAGAGGAUAGUGGAAUUGGCGCACAACGGAGUCCGGCCCUGUGACAUCUCCAGACAGCUCAGGGUGUCCCACGGAUGCGUCUCCAAGAUACUUUCGAGGUAUUACGAAACCGGCAGCUUCAAGGCCGGGGUGAUCGGUGGCUCAAAACCGAAAGUAGCAACCCCUCCAGUGGUGGACGCCAUCGCCAACUACAAGAGGGAGAACCCCACCAUGUUCGCCUGGGAGAUCAGAGAUCGGCUGCUGGCGGAAGGGAUCUGCUCUCAGGAUAAUGUACCUAGUGUUUCAUCAAUAAAUAGGAUUGUAAGGAAUAAGGCUGCCGAGAAAGCGAAACAUGCGCACCACAUAGCGACAAGUAAUGCUGGCUCGUCAGCGACCGGGGGACCUGUAUCUGUGAUCGCGCAUGCGCCUGCCACCCAACUGAAUGAACCCAGGUCGGGAGGUUAUAGUAUAAAUGGAAUAUUAGGCUUACAACACGACCCCAACGGCAAUAGCAUAAAGAGGAAGAGGAUAGACGACCACGAUGAGAAUAAAGAUAUGAAUGGACAUCCGGAGGACGACUACAAAAGGCAGCGAUCACACUAUAAUGGAGACCAGCUAUACUCGAAUCUUUGGUCGAGCAAAUGGAGCAUCAAAGACGAACACAAGCUGCUGUCAGAAUUGGGCAGCGCGGGCACCACCACAGGCCAAUCCGGCUACUAUGACACUCAUGCGGGCUUCGGUAACGUCAGUUCAGCGUCUGACAUCUACGACACCAUCAACACGAUGAGCCAGGCGACGUCACAGAACCUGUAUACGCCUCCGCUUGCUGGAUCUUUAGGUUCCAAUUCGUUAACACCUUUGGCUCCGAUAACGAUGCACGAAAUGAAAAUCGAAACCACCAGAAUAAUGGACCCAUCAAUGUCCCCAUAUCAUUCUGCCGAGACUAGCUCGCCGUACAGCGGCGUAGUAGGCCUGGGGGCGGCCGUGGAUGGCGCCUCCCCUGGGCUGCCCCUGGCGCUCCCAGCCGAGUCCGGGAGCCAGCCCGCCUCCCACACGGGCUCCCCCGAUCCGGCCGCCCUCACAGUGCUGCAACCCUCCAACGGCGCGUCGCAACACUAUUCCGCCAUGUUGCCUAAUUUCGGGUAUUCCACCACAGCUGGAACCACGAUGGUACCAGGAGCUGACUACGCUUACAGCACAGCUUACAGUCAAUAUGGAGCUGCAUACGGAACCUAUGGUUAUGGUACGGCAACCAGCGGGUUACUCAAUGCAGCUUACUAUUACAGCAACAAUGAUAUUCUCACCAACAACGGUGAGCCACAAGAUGGUGUGAAUUCGAAUCCAAAUACAGACCAAAGCAGUCGGAGUCCUCUAGCGGCCACUAGAGCAAACUCACUCGCGUCGGCAAACUCGCCCACUGAAAGUGGUAGCGCAUGUUUGAAAACGGAAAAUAUUUUCUCCCAUGAUUUGAAUCUGGGUUGAGAAAGAUACUGUCAGAUGUCGCCACAUAAUGAGAACUCCAAUAAUAAGAGUUCUUUAUGUCAGUUGAUUGAUGGACAACAAAUUGUGCUUGUGUAGAUAUGAACUCCCCCGAUAGAUUAAGUGAAUAUUUGUUUUUGUAAAUUUUUUGUGUUUUAGACAAAUUGACAGGAUGUUGCAAAUACCUAACUAUAUUGUAAAGUUUUUGUUCUCAGAAAACUACGAAGAAUUUAUGUUAUUUAUUUAUCGAUACAACUUUCAAUGUACUUUCAUUGUAUGUAUAUUUUAUAUUUUAAUAACUUAAGACACACCAAAGAAAUGUUUUAGAUUUUAUGUUAUAGAGCACGUUAUAAAAUAAUUUGUAAUGAAUCGAUGAAGACUACUGUGUAUUCGUUUCAGAUUAUUCAAAUUAUUUAUUAGAUUUUGUUUAUUGUGCACCUGAAUAUUAUGAUUGACUUAAAAACCUGGACAUACAGAAUAUUAAUAUUUAUAUGAACUAGUCAGAAAAAAUUACGUACUCCAAUCGAAUCAUGUUUUGUAUAAAAUUUUGAAAUUUUUCUCUAGUUUUACUGCGGUGAUAAAAUCACAUUACAAUGAUGCAGUCGAGAGAAAGGGAUAAUCAUCUUCAGGAAAUACAUUUUUUCGUUGUCUGAAUAAAAGUCAUACAAUGAUUAUUCGAGAAACUGGUUUUAUCCAAAUAUUGUGGUACCUUUCUUUCGUGCAUACGAGUUACAAACCGAACUGAAAAUUAAAAUUACGAAUUGUAUUUUCCAAAUUCACUUCUUUACUUCUGUAAAAUGUGUAAUAAUAUACCAAAGAGACAUCAUAUUUAUCAAAGUUGUCACGGUAUUAUAAGUAUUGUAUUAUUGUAAAAUGUGAUAGGCCCACAUUUCAGGCCCCGUCUUGCCCCCAAACCAAACCUGUCACAUUCUCUUAGUUGCAUAAGCAGUUUAUAUUUAGAAAAUAAAUGAAAUUUAGUAAAGCUA